UGGUGAAUUGAAAACGCUCACCUACCCACCAAGGCAUCAAAACCAUCUAACAUCUCAAGACCGCAAGAUAAUCUACCUACCAAAGCCUCAAUUAUUGUGGCUAAUGAAAAGUGCAUCAUAAACAUAAUUCACAAAGAGAGAAUUUCAUCCAAUUUGUUCAUGGAAAACCAGCCACCAUCAUCUGCAACAUCAAAGGCUUCUGAAGUAGACACACCCCUUCAAUCAAUUGGCUUUGAGAUUGAAGACUUGUCACCACAAAGGGUAGCUGGCCAUCUCACUGUUACUCAAAAGUGCUGCCAGCCAUUCAAGGUUUUACAUGGAGGGGUAUCAGCAUUGAUGGCAGAGUCUUUGGCAAGCAUAGGAGCACAUAUGGCUAGUGGUUAUCAAAGAGUGGCUGGGAUUCAACUCAGCAUCAACCAUUUGAAACGUGCUGAGCUUGGUGACUUGGUCUAUGCUGAAGCCACCCCUCUUAACGUUGGCAAAACCAUUCAGGUGUGGGAGGUUAGAAUCUGGAAGAUUGAUCCUUCAAACUCACAAAAGAGAUCCCUGAUAUCAUCAUCCAGGGUUACUCUAGUAUGCAACAUGCCUGUCCCAGAUAAUGCAAAAGAUGCUGGCGACAAACUCAGGAAGCAUGCAAGGCUGUGAAUAUUCCUGUUGUUUGAUUUACCUUGGCAAAACUUUUGUUGUAAUCUGAAAUACCAUUAGGAAAGGAUUGUUGGAGAUACACAAAGUAACACCUUCACCAUGGUCAUAAUUUGUAACUUAAAUGGAAGGAUACAACUCCUUAUAAUUACAAAUGGAAGACGAAAACCUACUUGAGAGCCAACAC